CAACAACCAGACGCGCGCGACGGCCGCGAGGCGUGCGCCGCAGUCGCGUUCCGAACGGCCAACAGCGAGCUCGUCACGCGCGUCCGCCUCGCCGCAGACCGUCACCGUCGUCAUCGCGAUCUACGCGCAAAACAAUCUACAAUAAUAAUUUCCAUCGCGGAUCGAUAUUUUCGCGCCCCCACCCGUGUAGCCGUUCAACCGAGAGGCCGCGCGCGGAAAUCCUGUUGCGAUCAUAAUAGUAAUUCCGGUCUAUGAUACCGCAGCAUACCCGCGGCCCCGUGUGAUUCCGCAACGCCGCGGCGUACCCGAACAACACCUAAUUUACGCGUCACAAUAAUUAGUGUCCCGGCGGCGCGCGAAUUGAUACGUUUCGGUCGGGCCGUCGUCGCGUCACCGUUCCGUUGUAAAAACAAGAGUACCGUUUUCCGCCGAGUUCGGGCACCCCACCCCCGUUUACCCCUGGCACCGUCGCAGCUCCGCCGCCGGAAAAAUGGGCCGCAAGUUCCCGUUGGUCUCGUCGUGUCUGGGUUGCCCGCUCAAGACCGGAGCCAUCAUCAGCGGCGUCUACGGAAUAGUAAUAACAACAUAAUAUUCGUAUCGUAAUAAUAACGCGUUAUUUUAUAACACUGUUAGUGGCUGAACGCCGAAUCCGGAUUGAAAUGACGCGUCGAAAAACAAUUGUUAUUAUUAAUUCGUUUAAAAACGUUUUUUUUUUUUCCUCUUAUUUCUAAAACAGUUCUUUAAUUGCCCGCCACGAAAUGUUGUUUACUUUGAGUCGCCGCACUCUUGAGUUUCUCUGGACUAUUAUAAUUCGUUGAGAAUGUGUGGAAAAACUCGAAAACCCUGGCAUGUUAUUUUUUUUUGUUACAUCGCAUUGAGACGGUUGUCGGUAGAUCCGAGGUCGUAUAUUCGCAUUGUAUAGAAUCUAUACAUACUAUCGAUGAUAAUGAAAAAAUAGCCGAUUAUCUCAACAACAGUGCGGCCGGAUUGAAUCUAAAGUCGAGAUCCACGGAUUGGAUCCGAAAACCGGGUUAGACAUAUUGAAUCCGAAUCCGGAUUAUAAAAUUGUAAUUCAGAUUCCGGAUUGGUCAACGUAAUGCUCAGCACUACACGCUAUCACGAGAUUGCGGCGUCAAUAAUAAUUAUCAUACGAAAUUAACUUGUAUGCAGGGGAACUGGGAUGCUCGGCGGGCGAAAUUAUUGGCGACAAAACAGUUUUUGAAAAUAUCAAGCGGUUUUUUUUUCGGACAAAAACAAUUUUCGGACUAGUUGGAGGGCUAUAAGUCACCUAUCCCCCCCUCCCCCCCCGAUGUGUGUAUUACAAAUUAUAACUUUAUCAAAAGUAACGUUAGAAAAUUUUUUUUCAAAUUAACAUAAUGGCUAACGAUUUAUAAUAUUAUAAUGGGACGUGAGAUAUGAAAAUGUUGUAUACUACGGUGACCGCGCAUUGUACACUAUAUAAUCUUUACUGUCGUGAUCUAGAAUCGGAGAAUAAUUUUAUUUUACUAACGUUUUUGUUUUAAAAACUCAAAAUAAUACAUGAUUACAUAGUUACUAUUAUUACAUAACUGCAGCAUAAGGCUGUUAGUUUAAAUACAUUUUGGUGUUGAUAUUUUUGAUUUUCGUCAACUCGUUGACGAGAUAUUACACUUUUAAAUUUAAGUACAGGAAACACUACUAUAAUUAUAUUCUUCUCCCCUGUCAGAACUUAAAAGUAGAAUAUCUCGUCAACGGGUUGAUGGAAAUUAAAAAUGUCAACACCAAAAUUGAUUUAAACUAAUUCGUGUGAUUUUUAAUAUAAAGGUCAUAAUUUGAAAAUCAAAACUUGAAGGUGGUUUCAACUCCUAAAAUAAGGGUGCCAAAAAAAGUGUAGUAUAAUUUUUUAGAGACAUAAAUAUUUCUUAAAUGUUCUAAAAAAAACAACGAAAAAAGUUAAUACUUUCCGAGAUAAUGAGUGUGGAUCACUCUGUUUAGGAUUCUAUAAUCUUUAUUAUUAUUAUUUAUUUUUUUUAUAAAUAUAUACGGACUAUAUGGUCCGUAUAUUAUAAGAAUUUGUACAGGUAUUGGUAUUUUUUUAAUGCACUCGCAAUUAAAUAAUACUUUAGUAGGAUAAAGCGAUAAAAAAUAGAAAAAUACAGUACAUUAGCGUAGAAAAUAUGUCCCUUUAUCGGUCGCUGUAACAUUUUAACUGCUAAGGAUGAUGGUUUCUACUGCUAAAACCUAACCUAAUAGUCGAUAUCGCCAUAUCGGCUAGCAUAUAAAUAGAAUUUAGAUUUAACAUAAAUAAGCGACCCGGAUAAUAUUAUUACCUAUUACUUUAAGUUUUUAUUUUAGUUCUGUAUUUGUCCAAGGAUGGUUUACUAAUGAGACGUGGGUUUUUAACUUUCAAGUUCAAUUUUUCGAAUUUUUCAGAUAGGUCAAUAUAUUUAUUUAUCUAGAUAAUUUAUUUAAAUAAUGCUUAACACUGGAUGUAAUGCAAGUUAAAAAGGAAUACGUAUAUUAUAUAGUUUAUGCAUUCGUAGAGAAGGUUUGUUUUGUUGAACGAUUUUCAAAAAUGCAUAAUUAUCCUUUUUCAUCUGUGCUUUUCCUAUACGUAUAAUAUGCAGUACAUCACUCAGUGAACUCGCGUGAUAAGCGAACCUUAUCGUACCUAUAAAUAAUGGUGUUCAUUUUCUGCUGGCCGGUGGCCGGUGGGUGUAUUUCGUGAGGUUAUUAUUAUUAAUCGUCAUCGCAGUGUCAUCACAUAACAAUAAAAAAAAAAAAAAAAAAAAAACGAUCCUUAUUAUGAUUGUUAUUACCGUUUUGGUAUACGCCUAAAGUUCAAGGGCGACACUAGGCAAGUGAGAUAAUAUAUUAGUCAUUAUUAAAGGGCACUAGGUGUAAAUAUAUAUAAAAUAACUGCCGACAGCGGUGACGGUGGUGACCGUGGUUUGAGUUCGUUCCAGUUAACAGAAAAAUAUAGUUUUAAUGACCUAGAUAAUAAUAAAAAAGUAAAACGGUCUUUCGUUUGGAGGGUACGGUUUAUUAUAGAGAUGGCUAUCUUUAAAAAUACCCGAUAAUGAAUAAUUUCAUCAUAGUUUGAUUCUCGAUUUCUGAUUCGAAUCGUCGAACACGAAAAAACCUUCAACCAAUAUUAUAAUAUGUAUACUAUAUGCAUUAUUAAAUAUACCAAAUACAUUUUUUAGUAUAUAAAUAUACUGAUUAAUAUCACGUUUGCCGAAAAAUAUAAUAAUAUAUAAGUAUCUGGCAAGUAUUAAGUAUUGCAGAAUAAAAAAAAAAUACUAAUAUAACCGUGUUGAACCGAUGCCAAUUUUCCGAAUAUUCCUACAAUUUUGUUUAUUUACCAACGCAUACAAAAAUAUUGUUUGAAAUACUGUUGAAUUCUAGUCGUUCGUUUUGGUUAAUAGCAUAUUUUUUUAAACCAAAUAUAAUUUAGCACUACAUAUAACACAUUAUAUACCGUGUGUCCGAGAAACAGGAUACACUUUACCACUCAAUACCCUGUAAAUAUUUCUCAAUUCUGUUUUCAGGACAUUAAACUAUACUAAUGGAUCUUACAUUUCUACGACUUACAAUUUUUCGACAGCGCAACAUAACUUCACUUUUUUUAAAUGGCGACCCCUAUUUUGAAUAUUAUUUUCGGAUUUAUCGAUUUUUUCAGGCAAUUUUCAUUUUAUCAACUUGUAUUCUAAACCCAAAAUUGACUAAAUUAAAGCUAAAUGUAGUUUUAUAAAAAAAAAUGUAUUAAGUUUGAUUGUUUUUUUUUUAGCUGAACAUAUUUUUUCUUUCUAAGCAUCAUGAUACAAUUAAAAUUAUUACUUUUUAAUAAAAUAAAAUAAUAAUUCAUAAAUACUAAAAAUUUUAUUAAUUUAGUUAUAAUUUUAAUAUACUGCCCACCUAACAUUUUGUAUUACACAAAAUAUAUCGUAUUAUACAUAAUUUUAGUCUCUGUAUUACUAAAAUCAUAAACGUAAUUUGUUCAACUUCAGGGGAUGUAACACUCUGGCAUUUACGUACCUAAGUAAUAAAAUAACUAAUAACUAAAACAACAAUCCAGGAUAACCGUAUUUAAUAAUAAAUAUUAACACUCGUGAUGAAAAUGGCUUGUCACAAGUGCACCCCUUGUACCCCCGAAAUUACGCUCUUGACUAAAAUAAACAAGUAGAUAAAAAAUAAUUAGAAGAUUUUACAUCAUGCAAAUAUUGAUUACAUGAUGUAAGAACUAGUAAUAGCUUACAAACAAAAAUAUUUAACAAAGUACUUGUGUGAUAUUUUUUACAAUUCCAUAAACAAAUAUCGACAGCGAUUCGCGAUUAGCAAAUAUAAUAUUAUACUAUUUAUAAUAUAUAGUCACAUUCAAAACAGAUUGGUUAUAAAGAAAUCGGAUCAUUCUGUUCACAUUUUGGCUGUCUAAACACGGAGAUAUUUAAAAGAAAUGCAUUUUUGACGGAAAUCACUACCUAACUAAUCCAUUUUAAGUCACCAACUAUAUGUAUUUAUCAUAAAUUUAAACAGGCGAAAGCCCAGUUACAAUUUAUACACAGAACACAUAAUUUACAAAUAUUCCAAUAUAGAGUUAUGCUAGGUUAAAGGUUAAAAAAAUUAGGCAAUUAAAUUGCUAUAUAGACUAAAAAAAUGUACAGUAUCACAAACAAAAACAUCAAUAUUAAAUUUAUUUACAAGUUGCAUACAUCUAUUCAAAGGAGAAUUUUUGGCAUAUCAUGUACGUUGGAAAGGGACAUAAAAAGUGUCAACCUGUCUGGUUUUAUAACCUGGAACCAGAAAAUUAAGUUGGGCCAGUAAGUAAAACCAUUCAGUAGUUGAAACAUAAAAAGGACUUCUUGUUUUAGCUUUUUAGGGUAAUGAAAUCAAUUUCAUAUAAUAAAAUAGAAUGUCGUAGGCUACAACUGGUCAUUAACCAGUUAUUAACACGUUAGUGUUAAGUUCCAAGUAAUUCAACUGUCACCUUUGAGUUGAGUCACUUCAAUUUUUUGAUGGCAUAAUAUAUUUAUAACAAGAAUGAACGAACAAAGUCGGUAUAAAGUUGGUGGAAGAAGUGGAGGAGCAUCCCGUUUUAUAAAUGCUAGUAUUUGAAUUUUUUUUCUAUUUGCUUCUAGUUCUACUACUUUAAAGAGAUAGAUAAAGAAAUGUGAUUAUCUGGGUCCAAUGGUAGAUUCACUUUAUAUUUAGAUAGCCAGGAAUUCAUUUGUUUUGAAAGUGAUUCCUGAGUUUCUUUUUUUUUUCUCUUGAUUUGUUAAAAGUUGCACCGGAUAAUUUUGGAGCCAUUUACACACUAUUUUAAAAAUUACAUAGUUAUUAAUAGUAAUAUCAUAUUAGUGAUAAAAAAAUUAGCUAUUUUUCGUUUAAAAAAAACAUUUUGUUAAAAUUUGAUUUUCGAAUGUUCAUAAAGAUAUUUCUACUAUCAAACAUAGAUAAUAUGAAAGAAUGAACAAUAUAUAAGGAAUUUUUAAAACCUAAACGGUCAUAUUAUAGUGAAUUAUGUGUGGAGUGAAGUGGUUAUAAAUUAAAAAUAAUGUUUAAUAAUCUUUAUGUAUUUUCGAUAUUUUUAUUGAAUAGUAAUAAGUAAGAACUAAUCACAAUGCAUCAGGAGAUUUGUAUUAAAUUUUCAUAUAUUUUUAUCGUAAAAAAUAUUUUAUUGACAGCAAUCGAAAAAAAUGAAGAAACUCGUAAAAUACAAAAAUUACAUUAAAUAUUUUGGAAUUCAUACUAUUUUAAGAAAAUAGCAAUAUUAGUAUUUGAUAACGAUUUCAAGUUCUUACGUUUAUUUUUCAAACGAUCAUUUAUAUUUAAAAAAAAAUAGCUUUUUAAAAUUAAUACAUUCCUCACUUAACACCGAGUCUAAUAUAUUUUUCAGUACUGUUAGUUAAACAUACGAGUAAGAUGAUAUUACAUUUACAGAUUUUUAUAGAAUUAAACAUUUUAUUCGAUAAAGUAAACACAAUGUUUUACCGACCGACGUGUUGGUGUUUUUACGACCGUCCGGUGCUCAACGAAAAAUAUGUGUACCGAGGUAUAUCUAAUCACAAAUGCCAAAAACUACAAUAACAUAUUAUUUGUUUGACAUUUACAAUUGCAUUUUUAAAAUUAUUUUUAAUCCGUUAAGUACCUAGCUUUGAUAAUAUAUUAAUAUUAUACACAAUACAAUUUAAAAUAAUACGUUUACAAUUUUUUUUUCAUUUGUUGGGUGGAACAAGUGCAGUCUCCAAUAUGAGCCUCCGCUGUAUAAUUUUACAAAAAUAUAUAAUAAACUCAAUUAUAUAUAUAUAUACCUGUAAGGACGAAAGGCUUAAUUAUUCAGAUAUUUAGCAACUGUUGUCAAUUGUCUUACUAAUUUGUCAGUAGGUUAGCUCUACUCUGUCAGUAAAAUCGCUAUCUUCAGGAGACAAGAGCCCACGACUGGACGAGUGAACCGACGACAAAACACAAAUGAAAUGUAAUAAUUUUUAGUAGAUUACGAUCAACUAAUGUUGUAUAAUACUCGGUAAACAUAACGCAUUAUAAUCUAUAUUUGCAUUCGGAAUAAUUUUGAUGUAAAAAUAGACGGAAUUUAUAAUCGUAAUAUACGUUACUUUUAUACAAAAAUAUUAUAAUGAGAUAUUAUUUUCACAAAUUGCUUUAAUUAAUGUAAAGGACGUUGAAUUUUUUGUAAAUAAAAUAUACAACUGCUACAAUUGCUACGGCACUGUGUAUUCCUUAUCAAAAAUGUUGCAAAAUAUGUAAAUUCUAUGUAAAAAAAGUGUACACUUUUUUUUAAAACAAACCAAGCUAAUAUGAGCGCAUUGAGUAGGCCUUAUGUAUGGAUCCGAGUCACCAAUAAUGCGUUAGUACCUAACAGAUUAGUGAUUUUAAUCAAAAACCAGUUAUAUUUCUUUUUUAAUAACUCCGUGUGUAGAAGACCUUAGACAUUUCGAUGGAAAAAAAAUCAUUAUAAAACAUACCAUUUGGAGUAUCUACCGCAGUAAUAAUACACAGGAAAUAAUAUUAAUUUUUAAUAAUGUAAAGUUUUAAUAUUCUUUCGAUAUCAAUGGCACAGUGAUAUAGUUUUGCCAAUAAUUUGAUAAGCUUAGUCGAACAAAUUGUUUUAAUUUAAUUAAUAAUAUUAUUAGCGCAUUGUGAAUAAUUAUAAUGUAGAUCCUAUUAUAUUAAAUGAUAGGUGCCGAUUGAUAAGGUUCUGUAUAACAAGUUGUGAUCAUAGGUUAAAAAGAAACAAAUUAUAAAAUGUACCUGCGUAGUAAUUGUUUUAAUUCGAACCGGACUUGGUUAGGUAAUAUUUUAAAAGUAUUACAUUACGUAUGAUAAUAAUACAAUAUGUUAAUAUUUACAAUAUUAUCUUAACUCACUUAUUUAAAGGUCAUCAUUGUUUAUGUUUAAAAUUGUUCAUCUAUAAUAAUAAUAAUUAUUGUUGUUUAAUUUACAAGCGUGCUUUAUAAUAUGACGCGUACAAUUGUUUAAAACAUCGUUUUUAAAUAUUUUUAUUAUGUAGUGUAUGACUACCUUAAAAUUGACUGAAAUAAAUUAUAAAGAUAAUAACAAUUUAAAUUGUAGCACAACAAAUUUGAGCUGAAUAAAUAUUUAAAUCAACGAUUUUAAUAACGAGUAGAUAUAGGUACGUACUAUACCAGCAAUAUCAUUUUUUGCACAUUAUAGGAGAGAUUAGCCAAUAAUAAACUUAUAAAACUGUUUAAAAUUAUAUAUGAUAUACCAUUUACAGUAGAUAUUAAAUUUUAUACAAUAAUUAAAUAGUAGGUAUAUGAUAAAAUGAUACAUUUGUCACGAGUUUGAUCAAACUUGACAAAUGAACCAUUCAUCACUGGUUAAUAUUAUAAUAAUAGUAUUAGAUGCAUUUUUGACAGUUUUAAACAUAAAUUAGUAUAUUAUUAUUGAUUGAUUAUUAUGUCGUCGAGAAUGAGCGAAAUAUAAUAAUUAUUAUAACAUAACGAGAGUAGGUGCGUAUAACACUAAAUUUAAAAUAAUAUUUUCAACAAAUGUUUAAAAUUUCAAAAUUAUUUAACAUUGGAAAUGUCUAAUGAAACACAGAAACACGUUAUUAUACUCGUAGUGUGACGGAUCACGUGCAGCUGAAUCAUACAUAUUAUGAUAGAAAAGGCGUCGUUAACAAAUAGAUACAAUACAAAUAUUUCAUUUAUUUUUACAUUUAACGAACACACAUAUCCGCGCGUUUUUCUAUAGUUCAUAUUUCUAUGUUAAUACCGAACUAAUCAAUGACAAAUACAUAAUUAAUGUUUAACGCGAAGAAACCCUACUAGAGCGUAUAUUCGUACGUAUCUAUUCCAAUUUCUGAAUUCCAUAAUACACAUUUAUAAGUUAUAACUUGUAAGUAUUUAAGAAGAAAUUAACAGAAAUAAGUAACCAAUAAUUAUAAUGGCCAACAGAUUUUUCCGGGCAACAAUUCGAUAGUUAAUUUUUUAUAGAAUUCCGCUGCUGAUUCCGAAUCUGGUGUCAGAUUUAUAAGAUUCACUCUUGUUUUUGAGAUAAUCACUAAUAUUCGUACAAAAACAAUAAUAAUAUAUAGUUAAAUUCUAAUAAAAAAAAAAUUAUUUUUCCCUUAUAAGUAAAAAUUUAUUUUGUUUUUAAUGUAUUCAACAAUAAACAACUAAAAACCACGGGAGCCGUUUAAACGAGCAUUUAAAUUUAAAUCGUAUUUGGAAUAAUUCUUUUUUUUUUGUAAUGCGAUUUUAAUAAUAUUAUUAUAAUUUCAUUGAAAUUGAUUCAAUAAUAAAUUUAAAAUUAUACUAUAGUAAUACGCAAUUAAUUUGAACUAAAAUAUGCGAGUAAAGCCUUUAGGUGUGCCUGCAAUGUUCCACAAUAUUUGUGUCCGUUUUUUUCUCUUUGUAAGCUAUGUCUGAUGCAAUUAUUUUCAAAUUAUUUUCAUUUAAAUAUCCCCAUUAUCUAAACGUAUUUACAAAAAAAAAAAAAAAAAAAAAAACUAUUAACCAUUAAAUAGGGUUCAAAAUAUUCACUACAGUAAACAGUAGGUAUAUUAAAUACUAAAAGUAUUAUGUUCAUUAUGGUUUACAGUACUAUGAACAGUUCAAUUUUGUAUACUGUAAAAUCAUUUAAUGCGACGUCAUUCAAAAUAUAGUGGAGUCUAGUCAUUAAUAAUCGCUUUAGUUCCAACUACCUAGUAUUAUACGCACAUAACAUAAUAACGAAAAACGUUUAAAGAAAGAAAGAGACGAAUGUGAAUAAAUAUUUAUAAAUAAAUGAAAAUGAUAUAAUUUCUUUGGAAAACGUACCGUAAUAUUCAUAUAUUUUCUGUAUUGUGAUUUUUGAAUGAAUAUUCAAAAUGUUUGUUCAGGUUCUAUUAUUUGUUUAGAGUGUACGUAUACUAUUAUCAUAAUCUUUUAACUUACCUAAACCUAUUUUUCUUUGUCCGCCCGUUUAGAGCAUAAGGUAUCGAAAUAAAAUAUAAUACCUGCAUAUUUUGUAUACUAUAGAUAAUUUACAAGGUAUUUGACAUAAAUUCAGAUUAAACGAAAAACCUAAGCCUAUAACCUAACCGAUUGUGAUCUGAUUUAUCUAGAUGUCCGUAAUGCUUGAUUUGGAAAAAAGUUAGAACGGGGACACAAAAGUCUAAAAAAAUGUGAAUACCUACAUCUUAUCUUAAGAUUUAAGUGUCCUACGCCAUAUUUCAAUUUCAUAAGGUCCAUCGGAUAUGGGGGGGGGACGGUGACAAUCCUCCUAACUUUGAAAUUUAGACUACUAGAAUCAAUAAUUUCAUUUUAAAAUCGGCAAUAAUAAUUGCUUAGUUUUUUUUUAAAUUAUUUUUUACGCGUUUACGAUGACAAAAAAUAUUUCUAGAAAAGAAUAGGUACUCCGUCCUUCUACGUCUCCCCCUCCUCAAUCAAGCAUUGAAUAUCUGGAAUGGCCAUGAUGCGCAUAGUGUUAUGUAAGGAUUAUUUCAAAAAGUUUGAUUUUAAUCAUGUGCCUACACCUUUAUGUAGAAAAAUACAAUAGCCAAAUGUCGGUAACAAAAGAAUAAAUUUAGAUUAAUAAAGGAGGUAAAUAUAUUGGUUCCUUUUAGUAUUUUGAUUAAAUUUGCCCUAUUUUUCAUUUAAUUUUAAUACAUACUUAUAUGGGUACUGAGUGAGUAUGUAUAGGUGUUUACCUAACUCAUAUUAAACGAAAACUUUUUUAUGCGAACUUAAGACUAUUAUUGUCUGACGUUCACUUCUAUUCUUUUCGCCGUUCUUUUACAUUUAUCCGAAUUACCAGAGAAUCAACAUAUUCAAAAGCUAUAUCUUCCUACUUUUCUGGAUAAUUGUAUUAAUAAAAAAAUUACAAAAAUUUCUUUAUAGUUGCUCGUCACGAAAUGUGUUUAAUGGUGUUCGUCGAGUAAAAAAACUACACGAAUCGCAAUUUUAAGUUGUUCAAGAAAGACAAAAAUUCUUUAAAAGGACGUUAUACUCACAACUACUGUGUCAGUCCAACUACCGGGUAGCAUAUAUAAACAACGCUUACGCAGAAUGAGUAAAACUAGAUUAAUUUUGAUUUUAGAGUAAAAGUACUGAUUACGAAAUUUAUAUAGAACAAUAUUUUGGAGGGAAUGACGUCGGAGUUUUUUGAAUUAUAACUAUUAAAAAAGUUACAGUUGUUUAAAAAAGCAAAAAAAAUAAAGGUUUUCGUAACUUUUAUAUUGAGCUGUAUAUAUUAAAUAAUACGAAAACCCCACGUCAUUCCCUCCAAAAUAUUAUUCUCUAUAAAUUGCAUAAUCAGUGCUUUCACUCUAAAAUCAAAAUUAAGCUAAUUUGACUCAUUCUACGUAAGCAUUGUUUAUGUAUGUUACCCGGUAGUUAGACCGAGACAGUAGAUAACGGGUAUAACGUCCUCUUAAGUAGGUACUAAAGUUUUAUAAUAUUUCAUAAAAUUCUAAUUAAAACCUGUAGAUGAUAUCUAAAAUUAAUACAUUACAACAUUAUUCAUUAACGUGUAAUUUAUUUUAAACAUUUUUUUUUUAGUCCGUUUUGUUGUUUUUUUUGACAUUUUUUAUUUACCAUUUCUUUAUUUAAUGAUUAGCAUCAUAAUACCUAUUAUUAUUAUAAAUCUACACGUAUCGUAUAGUUCACAGAUAUCGUUUCGUUUGAAAUCUAAAAUUACCUACUAUCCGACACAGGACACAAUAAUAAAAUAAUAAUAAUAAUAACUAACUACGUUGAGCUUUAGGUAUGUCUGUUGUGUGCGAGUAUUGUGCGUGUUACAUGGUGUAUAUUGUGUUUUAUAGCACGUUUUUUUGUUUUUUUUUUUAUCCACAUACUUCAGUACGCAUUUUCGAUUCUCUGCCAGUAAUAUACUCCGAGUGGCGAUAACAAGUAGGUAUUAUAUUUAGCAUAGUAAGCACGUCGAACGUGUGUACGCGUGUUUGAUGUGCGUGUACGUUAUAGGAACGAAAGAAAUCACGGAUUUCAAUAAAUAUAAUAGCAUACCUACCCAAUAGCAUAGGUUUAGGAACAUAGGUAUCGUAUACGAACCCUGCAGAUAAUCGGACCUUCAGUCCGGUAUAUUAUAUUACUAUAGGUACCUAAAGAGAUGAACCAACAGACUGCUCGGCGGUGUAUUAAACUAUUAUGGGUAUUAUGUGCAUGUAAUAUUCAACUAGAUAGAUUAUACUAUACCGAUACGAACACGACGAGACAGAACACUCUGACGUUAAAAUCAAAUCGAACGAUAAUAAUAUUUUCGUCUGGUCAAAUUUUGCUAUUGCGUUCAGUGCCUAAAAUCUAUGUAAUUUUCUACUGCACGCCAUCAUAGCCCACCCAUUCCUCUUUUCAUAUUGAUUGAGUUACCUAAAUAUAAUAUUGAUUACUGUAGAGUUAGGGGCAUUUUUUAAUAACCGAACAAUUAUUUUCCCAGAAUAAAACCAAAUAAAGGAUCUAUAGGGAAUGAACCGUUAGAAAUUAAAAAAAAAAAUACUUGAAGUAACACGUACCACCGGAUGGAAAUUUCGCAUCUUCCGAGGCACUGUGUGAUGAAAAACGGAAAAUGUGUAGAGAAUUUCGAUAACGUUUUCAAAUAAAAAGUACUAUUAGGCGGGAAAUCGCAUAAUAAACCUAUAACAUUACAUACUCAAAUAGCAUAAUAAUCAUUAUGAACAUUACUAAGAAUAUUAGCUACUCACUGCACACGAUAAGUUUAGUAAAUAUAUUAGUAAAACUACAAUUUUAAAAUAAAUUUACGAGUGAAACGGGCAAUGUUUGAAAUCGAAGCUCAUAAAACAUUAAUAAAAAUAGAGGUCAGGUUUAUAAUAUUAUAAUAAUAAUAAUAAUUUUCCUUGGCACAUAUUAUAUUUUACACUGCAAGCUCGUAAAUAUACAGUAACAGUAUAUUAUGCCGCUGCUGUGGGGUGAUAGAAAUGUCUAUAUUACGUCGACUGUCCGAAUAACAAAAUCUUGGCGCGGACCGAAUAUUUUAUUAAUAUUUCCAAAAACAAAAUCGUCUUCGAACAAACGUGAUGUAUUCAAUGUAACCCGCCACACGCCCAUCUUCUUCUCGUGAUACAAUGGCGGAUUCAAACGAAACUAUUCACCUUCGUUUUAAAAUCUGGUUGAAUUAUUAAACAACGAAAAAGAAUAAGAGAAAUGUCGUUCGAUUCGAGAAUAGUGUGAAGUCUGAAUAAACGAAGAGUAUAUUUGACGAUGAAAACUGCAACGACAUUUCCCUCGGAUCCGCGUCUCGAUGUAGUCUGAUAAUAUCAUUACUAUAAUAUCAAUCAAUAAUAAUUAUAGUUAUUUAUUUGUUUCGAAUAAAAAUCGGUACACAUGUGAUUGGCGAGUGAAAUUUCUAUUUUUCAAGAAAGUUUUUAUACGUCAUACCGAGGACACUCAAUCUUUGUUUGUAUCUAUACACCUAUACCUAUUACCUACAUUAAUAUUUAAAUUCAAUAGGUAGGGAAUCUACUCACGAUCCCUAUGUUAACAGAGAAAUUUUUGAAUUUAUAAUUCAGUUUAUACAUAAUUAUAAUACAAUAUUUAAAUAAUCACUAUAUAAUUAUUAAUAAUACGUUACGAUUAUUAUUUUUACACGCGUUUAAUGUUUGUCUUAUUCUGUGGUUUGAUGCUAAAUUGUAGUUUAUACAGGUAGUGCAAAUUAAAGUUAGUUUAGUGGACGCUGGCCAUAGUUUUGGAAUCGUAAACGAUUUUUUGUCACGUUACUGAAUAAUACAUUUUAUCUUCGUCAGAAAAUAUGAAAUAUAUAUUUACAUUGAACUAACUCGAGUAAAAUUAUAAUAAUAAUAUUUUUAUUCAUUCGUAUGUCCAUUUCUAACAAGUUUUUAUUGGUAAUGGUAAUUAAUUACUUACAUAUUACUCAGAUACGUAGGUAAGUAACUUACCUACUUCAGUACCUACACCUUGCGGUAUAGAAGAUACACGAUUAUCGUUAAACUUGAAUCUAAAAGUAGGUAAACUCGUAUUAUUGAAAACAUUGUUGUGUAAAUUUAUCUACCUAUAUAAAUUUGACAUUAUAAUCGUAUAAUGGCUGACGAUGGAAAUUAAAGUAGGUAUUUAAAAUGUGAAAUCAAAAUUGUCUAUGAAUAACCGGAUGUUCUACUGUGGGUGACCCUGAAUUAAGAUAAGUAGGUAGAUAAGUAAUAAUUUGUUUAUUAAUCGUUUUUGUAUGGUAAUUCGAAAAAUAUUGGCUGAAAUCCUAUCAAUAUGAUAUCGAAAAAUUCUAAGAAGAAUUAAUGGACCGCGGAUUAUUGAUUUUGAUACUGAGACUGGAGGAUACGUAUCAAUAACGAAUUGAAGAAAAGAACUUGUUUAAAAGACCAGAAAUUGUACCAAAAAUUACGAAAAUAAACUUAUCCGGGCCAGUCAUGCUUAGAGAAAAGAGCGCUUAUUUAGAAUUGGAAGACCGAUCAACAAAAGACCUUUAGGUAGACUGGAUUUAUGAUGGGAAAAUCGUGUAAAACAGAUGUUAAAGCAGUGGAACCUAGUGUACAAUGGAGGCGACUGGGGAAAAAUACCGAUAAAUCGCAAGAAGAGAAGAUUUUGGAAGCGAGUGAACCAUUUUUUCACUGAAAUAAUUAUUUCCAUCACAGCCUCUCUAAAUAUAUUUUAUUACAUUAUUAUGAAACAUACCAGACGACUGUAGACAAACCAGAUGGCUAAUAGUUUUAUUUUUCUUUUAUUUUUCAGGUAAUCGCCAUAUUCACUUUGAUUAUGAUCCUGACGAACGAUAUUAAAAUACAGACCAUUAUCAUCGAUUUCUUGCCCAAAUCUGUUGGUAAGUAUAUUUUUACAUACCUAUCAAUUCAGUAGGUACGUAAACAGCCAAGUAGCCAUCACAUAUGAUUUUAAAUAAUAUUAAAUGUACCUAUCCACUAUUCUUAUUUCCUAUUGACAUUAUCUAAUUUUUUUUUGAACUAUUUACAAAAGAGUAUAUUUUUAUUGGGUCCUACGAGUGUUAAAAAAAUAUUUUCGUCCAUUUCUUAAUCUAAAAGGUAAAAAGGUAAUCCUCACUCCUUACGUAAAUCGAUCGUUGAUCAUUAUUAAUUUAAUAUUAAUGUAAAUGUUUUAAUUUCUUACCGAAUCAAUUGAAAAAUUACUUUUCAAUUAGGUAUACUUUACGUCAGGUGAUUUUAAUUAAUUACGAAUACCAAUUCCUUGUAAUAUACCGAGCAUCGAAAUAAAUAUUUUUGUUCAUUCAAGUAUAGGUUACUGACUUAAACUUGCAUUCAAUUUUGGUUCGUCUGAACAUUCUAAUUAGCUAUCUAUGAUAUAUAUUUAAUAAUAUUAUUACAAUUUUAAAUAAAACACUAUUAUUUUUUAUAAGUAUUAAAACCCUGAGGCCAGUGGCGUAUUUAGAGGGAAGGAGCGAAGGGGGCGAAUGGCCCCAGCGGCAAAAUUUUAACAGUUUUAUUGAGUGUAUUCAUUUUUGUUUUCAUCACAAAAUGUAUAACACUAAAGCGUAUCAUUGAUUAAUAGGUGGAUUAAUCAUUGAUUUUAUUUUAAUUUUUUAAGCAAUAGAUUAGGUUAAUAUAGGUAACAAUUGUUGUAAGCACUGUUGUAUAAAAGUGCCGCGAGUGAUUUUAUGUCGAGUACGGUCGCCUUUUGUCUACACUGUGUUGACUUUAUAUUUUUAAUUCUUUUCUUUUCAAAUUUUUAUCGUAGGCAUAUUCAAUCAACCACAAUAUCCCUCCCAUUUUACUCGAACCCGUUUUGUUCAUUUCUAAAAUGUUGUAUUUUUUUCAAUUUUUUUCCAAUUUUAACAGUUUCAAGUUAGUCAUUUACUAGUUGGUAUUGAUUUUAAAAUCAACGGUACAACUUAUAUUAAAAUUACCUACUUGGUAUUGUACUUACUAACUAGUACUAGUUCGUGAUUUUAUAUCAUAAGUACGAUUGUGUGAAGUGCUUAAUACAACACACUUUUUGCAUGAAGUGCAUAUAUGUCCCGAAAAAAACUUACAUUUUACGUUAACGUAACAUUAGACAAUAUUUACCUUCACUAAGUUCAUAUUGAAUUUAAACUAGUAUUACAAUUGCAUAUUAAAUCACAUUUAAUUUUGAUUUUAAAUUAAGUUAUUAAAAAAAUGAAAACACGAAAACGACGUUACCAGCUAUCACCAGCCCGUCUAAAAGUUGAAUUUGUUCAACUCUGCGGUAUCCGCGGUAACGUCUUGGUGGACACGAUCAAAAUGCGUCUACCGUGAUAAUACGCACCAAUUAGAAAUGAGUAUUUCACACGAAACGAAACGGCACGGUGAGUUGAGGAUUCCUCUUUACUGAAAGGUCCUUUAGUCCGUGGUUGACAGUGGUCGCUACAGGCCUACCGUUAAGUCCGUCGUCGCGUUAUGUUCGUUAUCGUUCUGCGUUAAUUGUAAUAGUAAUACUACGACCUGAUUGUGACUGAUCCGUUUAAAAUUUGUUCAGUAAUUAUCGAUUUACUGUUCAUUUAUUCUUAAACAAUGAUGAAAACUUUCGGGGUCUUCAAUAAAGAUUAUUGUCAUAAUGGCAUUGAAAAUUCUUAAUUCGUGUUUUCUUUGUGUCUAUUCUCUUGGCCGUUGUCUUUUAAGUGUUUAUGUUUAAAAACAAUUGGUUCGCCAACAACUUGGGCAACUGAAAAAAUUACAAAUUGUAUGUAUCUGCCAUGUUUAUUACAACUUGUAGUGUUCUGUCGACAUUGUUCGCAGGGGCCAGAGUCCGCGCCCCCGGUGUUCGGUAUUUUUCCACUACGGGCGAGCGCGGUCUCGUGCGGCUAAUUCGACUUUUCGCAAAAUUGCAUAGAGGUCACGAAAAUGCGUUAUGACGUGUGCACACACCGCGAUGAUCCAAACGCACAGUGAACAAUAAUCAAUAGACACAAGAGAACUAGUCGAGCGGAUAUUAUUCAUUUGCAGCAAUGUUUUAAAUACCGCGGUGAUACGAAAUAUUAUGAAAAAUUAUUUUUGACUUUGACGGAUCAGGUGUAUUCACGAUAUUGAUAAAUUGGUGCAUUUCUAAUAUUUAUUGACAUUUUACACGAAUUCAAUUAUUUUUUCACAUAAUUUGUAUUCAUAUCAAAUAUGAGUUGACAGCAGUGGCAUAAUUAGAGGGAAGCGAAUUCUCCCUGUGUCGACAUUUUAAGUUUUAGGGGCGGCAGUUUUAUUGGUGGUAUUGAUUUACACACGUCUGAGGUUGUAAUGGGUAGUGGGUCAAAAUAAGUAGGAUGGGAGGGAGCGCAAUAAUAUUAUUUUGGUCCAGGGUACAUAUAUUUUAAAUGCGCCACUGCCUGAGGCAGAUACCACUGUCUGGUCUAGGGUGUCAGGUAAUCUACUCAAGGUCAACAAGGUGCCUGUUAUUGAAACAAUUCAACCUUGAAAAUAACGAGUCCAUUAAUUAUGUUAAGCUUGUUAUUACAAUGACUAGAUACCUAAUGUAGUUAGGGUUAGCAAAUUCAAACAAAAUAUUAUUUUAUACUAACAAUACAUAAUCAAUUAAACAAAAUUUAUAAUUUUUCUUUUCAGUUACAGUCAUUGUUAUCAUCAAUCUGCUUAUGACAAUAUUGAUUUCAUCCCUGUUAUUAGCUGGAGUUUUAACGGUACUUAUCUAAACAAGAGAUAAUAAAUGUACAGAAUAUAAUCUUUUAUUAUAUGGUUAUUUUGUUUUAGAGAAAAAAAACAUUGAUGCUUCCUUGGAUUGUGUUAACAAUUAUGUUGUGUAUCGGACUAGUCAUAUCAGUGAUAUACACCGCCAUUGACUUUUUGAUUCAUAAAUACUACAUCACUAGCAUUGCAGUGCUUGUAAUUGGCUUAUUGUUUGUCUGUAAGUUUUAAAUAAAUAUAAUCCAAAACAGUAUUUAAUACAAAUGUUUAGUUAUACAUUUCUAAUUAUUACUAAUACCUAUUUUACAGGUGUUUAUGUGUUCAUGUGGUGGGUGACUUAUAGUUAUUAUGAAAAAAUAAAAGAAGAGGACAACAGAACCCCGUACACGAGAACACCUUAUUAUGGCUGAAGGCCUGCCUAAACAGUUUUUUUUUUUUUGUAAUAAUAAAUAUUGUAAAAUUAUUAAUGCCAUGCUAUUAUUGCCAAAACGAUGUUGCUGAAUUUGACCAAAUGAUUAACCCUGAAUUUUGUGCAUGGUAAAAAUUGUACAAUUUAUGUUUUAGUAUAGACAGUUUAACAAAUUUGUUUUCCAUGUUGAUUUGUAAUGCACUAUUUAUAUAUUUUUAAUUUAUAAUAUUUAUAAUUUGUAUAUAAUAAACAAUAUUUUAAUAAAAAUACCCACAAAGUUAAAAUAAUAAUAUAAUAUAAAUGUUUCAAUAAAUGUUAAAAAUGUGAUAAAUAAAAUGUGAAUAUUUGGAAUGAAAAGCAUAUUUAAGAUGAAUCAAUCAAAACUAAUUAACUCUGCAACCUGAGGUUGUUCUGGCUGGUCUGGUGCAGAGGGCUGUGGAUUGACUUGUUGACUAGGUAUAGGCACAGAACCAUACUGCCCCAUAUGCACGGGCGCACCAUAAGGCAUAGGAGGCAACUGGCCCAUCAUUGGCUGUUGAUGUUGACCGGGUAUCAUCGGUUGUUGAUGUUGACUGGGUAUCAUUGGCGGUUGAUGUUGACCGGGUAUCAUUGGCUGUCCUACUGGAAGUUGUUGUGAACCCAUAUUAGAUAUGGGUGGUGGUUGAUGGUGUGGUAUCAUAGAUUGUGAGUGAGGGAGGCCUACAACAUGAGGUGGAUGUAUGGAAUUCAUUGAUGAAUUAAUAGGAACCCCUGAAUUUAUAGUGCCUGCUAUUGGUGCCAUUUGAGAUUGAUAAAUAGCCUGUGGAAUGUUUGAAUUGAUUUGGGCCAAAUUGUUCGGUUCAUUAGUAGGUAAAUUCACUGGUUGGUUCAUUCCGCUUUGAUUCGGGGGUAGAACUUGUCUUCCUACAAAACCUGCAUACAAAUUUGUACAUUAAGUUUAUUAAUUAUUAUUAUUUUGUUGAGUAUUUAAAAUACUAUAUACCUUGAGGUGGUUGAGAAAUAUGUUGAAAGUGACCUGAUUCUGUUGCUUGAGGAUACCUUAUACCACUAUCUUGAACUCGAGUAGUCAUCAAUGUACCUAUAAAAAAAUAUA